AUGGUCAAACCAAUCUCUAUCUCUUGCAUAACAGUAGAAGCUCAUUCUGCUUUUAAAGAAGCGUAUUUAAAUUCACGUUUAAAGAAUACGAUCAAGGCCAAAAUUAGCAGUCUUCAAUAUUACCCCCAAAAAAGAGACGAGAUUUUGCAAAUUCACGAGAAAUUGAAGAACUUGAGAAAGAUUGGAGCUGUUUAUACGCAUUCUUUUGAAUACAAUGAACUUAUGCAUGAUCCUUUCCGUGAAGAGGAUCUCGUAAUCAGUGCCAAUUUUGUUGCUACAAUCGCGCGCGGCUCAUCGAAGCAAAAUUUCGCAAUCCGUUACGAAAGGAUCUACGUUUCAUCAGAAGAGAUGCGACAUUCGGAUUACUCUAAAGGUUAUCUUCCGCGUGACUAUGAACCAAGACUGAUUCUCCAGGAUCUACAGGGACUUAUCCAUUCACUAUCAAAUCAUUGGCCAAUUAUACCGCGAUUUGAUUGUCGUCUUUGA